AUGAGACCAACCCUUUUGCGACCCCUCCUACCCCGCCAUACCUUCUCCUGCUCCUCCGUUUCACCCUCGCCCUUUUCUCGACCUUCUGCCUUCAUCAAACCUCUCCAAACCGUCAUUCCUGCAUCUACCAAGCCAUCCGUUCGAUUCUUCUCAGCAUCCAACAAAAUGCCUGGCCAAGUUUACUUCGACAUUGAGUGGGAGGGUCCCGUCCUCGACGCCUCUGGCAAGCCCACCUCCACCGUUCAGCCCCAGAGCGGCCGCAUCGUCUUCAACCUCUUCCACGACGUUGUCCCCAAGACCGCCGAGAACUUCCGUGCUCUUUGCACCGGUGAGAAGGGCUUCGGCUACCAGGGCUCUUCCUUCCACCGCAUCAUCCCCGAGUUCAUGCUCCAGGGUGGUGACUUCACCCGUGGCAACGGCACCGGUGGCAAGUCCAUCUACGGCGAGAAGUUCGCCGACGAGAACUUCUCCUUGAAGCACGACAAGCCCGGUCUGCUCUCCAUGGCCAACGCCGGCCCCAACACCAACGGCUCCCAGUUCUUCAUCACUACCGUUGUCACCUCGUGGCUCAACGGCCGCCACGUCGUCUUCGGCGAGGUUGCUGACCAGAACGGCUUGAACAUUGUCAAGGCUCUUGAGGCCACCGGUUCCUCCAGCGGUACCGUCAAGUACGGCAAGCGCCCCACCAUUGUCAAGUCCGGCGAGUUGUAA